UAAAAUAACAUCCUGCAUUCGCUCGCUCAUAAAUAACCUUGUUAGGGUUUAGCUUCGCAGCCGGAGAAAGUCCGCCGUCUUCGAGGAGCAUCAGGUAAGGAAGCAGAAUGUCGCACAGGAAAUUUGAGCAUCCAAGGCACGGGUCGCUAGGGUUUCUUCCAAGGAAGCGUUCCAGUCGUCACCGUGGAAAAGUUAAGUCAUUCCCAAGGGAUGACCCAUCAAAACCAUGCAAACUUACAGCUUUCCUUGGGUAUAAGGCGGGCAUGACUCACAUUGUUCGUGAGGUGGAGAAACCGGGAUCAAAGCUUCACAAGAAAGAAACAUGUGAGGCUGUGACGGUCAUUGAGACUCCACCCAUGGUCAUUGUUGGGGUGGUUGGUUAUAUUAAGACCCCUCGCGGCCUUCGUUCGCUUAAUACUAUAUGGGCUCAACAUCUGAGUGAGGAACUCAGGAGAAGGUUUUAUAAGAACUGGUAUAAGUCCAAGAAGAAGGCAUUUACCAAAUAUUCAAAGAAAUAUGAAUCUGAGGAUGGAAAGAAAGAGAUCCAAACUCAACUGGAGAAGAUGAAAAAAUAUGCAUCUGUUGUCCGUGUAUUGGCUCACACUCAGAUUAGGAAGAUGAAGGGCCUGAAGCAGAAGAAGGCUCAUUUGAUGGAGAUUCAGGUGAAUGGCGGAACUGUUGCUCAAAAAGUUGACUAUGCCUAUAGUUUCUUUGAGAAGCAGGCCCCCAUUGAUGCGGUCUUCCAGAAAGAUGAGAUGAUUGAUAUUAUUGGUGUGACUAAGGGUAAGGGAUAUGAGGGUGUUGUUACUCGUUGGGGCGUGACUCGUCUACCUCGAAAGACUCACAGGGGACUUCGCAAGGUUGCUUGUAUCGGUGCAUGGCAUCCUGCCCGAGUUUCUUUCACUGUUGCACGUGCUGGUCAGAACGGUUAUCACCACCGUACAGAGAUGAACAAGAAGGUGUAUAAGAUCGGAAAAGCUGGAGAUGAGUCCCACUCGGCAAGCACUGAGUUUGAUAGGACUGAAAAGGAUAUCACUCCCAUUGGUGGCUUCCCUCACUAUGGUGUGGUGAAAGAUGACUAUCUUCUGAUCAAAGGUUGCUGCGUUGGACCGAAGAAGAGAGUCGUCACGCUUCGCCAGUCUCUGCUCAAGCAGACAUCUCGUCUCGCCCUCGAGGAGAUUAAGCUCAAAUUCAUUGAUACUUCGUCCAAGUUUGGCCACGGACGUUUCCAGACCACCCAGGAGAAGCAGAAAUUCUAUGGAAAGCUCAAGGCUUAAAAGAGGAGGAGGUUCUAGUUGUAAUUUUGAGAUUCUAAAUAACAUUUUUUUAUGAGAGAAUGCUUUUUUUUCUUAUGUUGACACUACAUUCAAGUUUGAUGAUGUAUCCGACUCUUGUUGAUGUAUUUGUUUUGAAUUUUGAUGGUUUGUGCUGAA